UGUGUUGUUUUUUUAGUCAUUGGACGAACAAUAUCCACCAAGGGUGAGAGAGACGAGGCUUGAUAAAUCAUCCAACAGCCUUGUUAUGCGAAGACCUCGCAGAAGUAGAACCGUUUUCACACCCGAUCAAGUAGCUGAGCUUAAGUACCAUUUCAUGCAAUGCAAUUAUAUCAGAUUCGAAAAAGCUGAACAAAUAGCUGCAAAAUUUUCGAUGCCUGUUGGUCCAGUGAAAGUGUGGUUUAAAAAUCAACGCCGCAAGCUUAAAAUCAAAGAAAACGAAAAUCAUAUUCUUGGAAUUGGAGACACUACUAUUGAACCACCUAAUUACACCCGGCACGACCUUAUUCUGCCGACUCUAACUCCUAGACCACUUACACCUCUAUCAACACCAUCACCAUCGAUAUCACCCAUAGAAAUAAAGUUUUCAUACGAUCCCAUGUAUCUGAACUCAACAGCUUACAAUGUUAAACAAGAACCAUCUUAUAAUUUCAAACACGAAACAGCUUACCAGUGGUUACAAAAUCUGCCAGCUUUAACACCUUCUCAAUUGGUUUACAACUCAGCGAGUCCGCAUCAUGUCCCCCAAAUGCCAUCAUUCCAUGAUACAGUGAUUAAUUUCAAUCGCUUGCCCUAUUACACCCUACCUUCACCAGCCUCAACAACAAGCGGAGAUGGCAACCAUAUAACAACAAAUUCUGACACUUCAGACUAUUUUUCGCAAAUGUCACCAAAUUCCGAAAUAACCGAACCACUAACACCGAUCAGUAAUCAUGGCGAAACCGAAUCAGUCUUCAACGGCAUUCUAGAUAGCUUGAAGACUCCAGAAACAGAGCCUCUUAUUGAAACUGUUUUCGAAGAAUUGACAAAUGCUCCGGAGCAAACAAAAAUCAAAAGCGAACCCUACAUCGACCCGAUAAGUUCGGAACACGCAAAUGCUUUAGAAAUUGUUUAGAAAAAAAAAAGAAGAACUUUAAAAGUUUAAAUUGUUUUGAUAAAAUAUUGUUUAUUGUUUUUAAUUUCAAUAAUUAGAUGUCUAAUUUCAAUACAAUUAUUGUAAUUUUUCUUAGAUAUAAGUUUAGUCAUAGGUUAAGUUUAAAAUAUUUUUGUAAAACAUCGACAAGAGUGACUAUGUUUCAAAGUUUUCCGUGAUUCAUAUCAGGCCCGAUUGAACCACGCAAAACUUUGAGACAUGCGGGCCAAGUUCACUAUCAAUGUUUUAAUAUUAAUAUUUUGCCUUUAUUAUUAUUAUUUUUUUUUUUUAAAUAUCCAUCUUUCAAUAAGAAAAUCAAAUUGUUUUCCAAAAACACUAAUAUGUUCAUAUAAAGGAUUUUGAAAAAUUCAAGUUUUCUUCCGAAACGUGUAGAUAUGUUAUGCUUUCCUUUAAUUCAAAUAAAUUGAAUUAAUAUGGGAAAGUUUAACAUUUAAACUUAAAAUACAAAAUUCUAUUAGCCAGAAUAAUAUCAAAGUUUGUUAUAAUUUUUAUCAAACUUAUUGUUUACUUAUUUUGUCUAUGGCAACAUUAUGAAAGUUUUCUUAUUGAGAUUUUAGAUAUUAUUUCCUACAUAAUAUUUUUUAAGAGCUUAAAUUUAUUAUUAUUUAAAUUAAAAUAAUUGUUCUUAGGUGUAAGAUUUUCGAAAUUAGACAUCUCUAAAUCUUUAAAAAAUAAAUUAACGAAAAUGAUUUGAUUA